AAUUCCCUUCAUCAUUGUCAUGAUUAAAUAAAAAAAGAAAAUAGCGGAGAAAUAAAAGUAACAAAUCACAUCACUAGCAACAGCAUUAGAUCAAAUUCAGAUAAUCUUUCCCAGCUCUCAACAGGGUUGUGAGUUAUAGCGAAGAAGACAUGGGGCUGACGUUCACGAAGCUUUUCAGCCGGCUGUUUGCCAAGAGGGAGAUGCGUAUUCUGAUGGUGGGUCUUGAUGCUGCCGGUAAGACAACUAUCUUGUACAAGCUCAAGCUCGGCGAAAUCGUCACCACAAUCCCUACAAUCGGGUUUAAUGUUGAGACAGUGGAAUACAAGAACAUCAGCUUCACUGUUUGGGAUGUUGGUGGUCAAGACAAGAUCCGUCCUUUGUGGAGGCACUACUUCCAAAACACUCAGGGUCUUAUUUUUGUGGUGGAUAGCAAUGACAGGGACCGGAUUGUCGAGGCAAGGGAUGAGUUGCAUAGGAUGUUGAAUGAGGAUGAGCUGAGAGAUGCUGUUUUGCUUGUAUUUGCCAACAAACAAGACCUUCCAAAUGCAAUGAAUGCUGCUGAAAUAACCGACAAGCUUGGUCUUCACUCUCUCCGCCAGCGCCACUGGUACAUCCAGAGUACAUGUGCAACUUCAGGAGAGGGUCUUUAUGAAGGUCUGGAUUGGCUUUCCAACAACAUUGCUACCAAGGCAUGAGAUGACCAAGGUUGAUAUUUCGACACGACUAUGAAGGCAAUUCCAAAGAGGAUGGCUUUCCUUUGUUCCAUAAAUGCUGUAGUGACAAAAUGAUUGUUAGUAGAUAUUAUGACUGAGGUUGUUAUAUGGAUUUUGAAUCAGUUCUGUUUUAGCUAAUACUGUUAGUUGUAAUUUGAAAAC